AUGGCAACUUCGGUCCGGCUCUCGCCGCAAGUGCAGCGGUUGCAAGUGAGGUCGCCAUACGUUGACAUUUACACCCAAGCCUUAUCCAACCCUCUUCGUUCACCAGUAACCGUCGAUUCUCCGCCUUCGACAACACACUCACAUCCAGAGCCAAAACGAUGGCAAAACCCCGGCGGAUGGGGAGCGCGACAUAUGAACGAUAUAGCCCCAUUUACGCUAUGGAAUGGUCAAACCCGCAAGUUUCGAUCUCCCACACACGUAGAAUUAUCGUGGAUUCGAGGGAACUUCGGCGAUGGAAAAAUCGGUUGGACCGGGUGGUUUAUUUGGAUUGAGACUGCAAACCCACCCCUGCCAGUACCGCUUACUAUCGGAUGCAUGCCAGUGUAUUUUGUGGGAACGGGUGAAACCCACUUCGAAGCCCUUCCGCGCGCUCCCUACGCCAACCCUCGGGUUCCGGAUCCAUGUCCUACUAUUCGUUUGCCAGAGAUGCAGUUCCCGACAAAGGAGCAAAAUAUCAUGGUAUUAACAGCUUUGCAGCCUCUUGCAGAUGUACGGGCGAUCCUAUAUCUACCAAAUUGGACUAUCGUCGAACUUAGGCACGGAGAUGGGCGUGUCUACAAACCAAAGUCUCUUCCAGGCGUUGUUGCUGGCCGGACAACACUGUAUCACCAUGAAGAAGAGCCGUUUUAUAAGGCCAUGAAAGACCACACGCGAGUCCGAGCUAUUGAUCCCCAACAGUACACGAACAAUAACGACCAGACGCUGCCGCAAGAUGACACGAACUAUCUCCAGAGAUCUUCCCUUACGCCAGGGUGUAGAUUGGAAUGUGGCUUUGGCCUACCGGGAUCCAUGAACGAGUUUGUUACUUGCGCCACGUCCUCGGGGGUGAAAAUUCGCAAUGCUCGUGGCGAACAGGCAUUAACAGUUGCCUACCAUGGUUUCCUUAAGUCUAAAGACGUGUACCACCCACGCACGAAUACAGACCAGAUCGGGCAUGUCUUAGAUGCACUUCCUGAACUUGACGUGGGACUUGUUAGUCUUACCCCGGCGGCCUCUGCCAGGUUUACAAAUAACUGCUAUUUCCAGGCCCAGCCCCCUCGGAUGUUUCUGGAAGGCGACCAGAUUAACCAAGGGGCUUGGAGUGAGGUGGAUGGCAUGAGCUCGGGCCUGGUGAGUUUGAUGGCGUAUGGCUCUAUGUUCAUGGAGCCGAUGCGCCCCCUGGUCAUCCCGAGAUCGAUUUCCGACACUGGCGGGCCCUUACUCUCAGCUCAACGUUCGGAGUCAUAA